AUAUCUCUCCUCUCCUCCAUUCCCCCCCCCCAUUCCUCCCUCCGCUCCCCCACCGCCUCUGCCUCCGCCCCCGGCGAUGGCUACCCUCUCCCUCCCUCUCCCGCAUCUCACCCAGGCCAUCCCCGCGCGAGCGCGUCCGCGACCGCGACCGCUCCGUGGGAUCCCCGCGCGGCUCCUCUCCUGCCGCGCCGCGAUGGCGGUGGCGCCCGACAAGGAGGAGGCGGCGGCGGUUGCUCUGGACAAGGCGGUGAAGGUGGCGGUGGCAGCUCCCGACAGGGCGGCGGUGGCCGCGGUGGGCGUCGGGGAGGAGCUCCCCGAGGGGUACGACCAGAUGAUGCCGGCCGUGGAGGAGGCGCGGCGGCGGCGAGCCGGGGUGCUGCUGCACCCGACCUCGCUCCGCGGCCCGCACGGCAUCGGCGACCUCGGCGACGAGGCGGUCGCCUUCCUCGCCUGGCUCCGCGACGCCGGCUGCACGCUCUGGCAGGUUCUUCCGCUUGUUCCACCGGGAAGGAAGUCUGGGGAGGAUGGCUCUCCAUAUUCAGGACAGGAUGCAAACUGUGGUAAUACCCUAUUAAUUUCACUUGAAGAGCUUGUAAAAGAUGGGUUGUUGAUGGAGAAUGAACUACCUGACCCCUUGGAUAUGGAGUAUGUUGAAUUUGACACCGUUGCCAAUCUGAAAGAACCUCUUAUUGCAAAGGCUGCAGAGAGGCUCCUACUGAGCCGUGGAGAGCUCAGAACGCAAUAUGACUGCUUCAAGAAAAAUCCAAAUAUUUCAGGUUGGCUUGAAGAUGCUGCACUUUUUGCUGCUAUUGACAGAAGUAUUGAUGCAUUAUCCUGGUAUGAGUGGCCUGAACCUCUGAAAAACCGACAUCUCAGGGCCUUGGAAGACAUAUAUCAAAAACAGAAGGAUUUCAUAGAGAUAUUUAUGGCUCAACAAUUCUUAUUUCAAAGGCAGUGGCAGCGAAUUCGUAAAUAUGCAAAGAAGUUGGGUAUCAGCAUAAUGGGUGACAUGCCCAUAUAUGUUGGCUACCAUAGUGCAGAUGUUUGGGCAAACAGGAAAUCGUUUUUGCUGGACAAGAAUGGUUUUCCGACUUUUGUUAGUGGUGUUCCACCUGAUGCAUUUAGUGAAACUGGUCAGCUUUGGAACAGUCCAUUGUACGACUGGAAAGCUAUGGAAGCAGGUGGAUUUGAAUGGUGGAUAAAAAGGAUUAAUCGUGCCCUUGAUUUGUAUGAUGAGUUCCGUAUAGACCAUUUCCGGGGGCUUGCAGGUUUUUGGGCAGUUCCUUCUGAGUCAAAAGUAGCGCUGGUUGGAAGCUGGAGGGCUGGACCGAGGAAUGCAUUUUUUGAUGCAUUAUUCAAAGCUGUCGGUAGAAUAAACAUAAUAGCAGAAGACCUGGGGGUGAUAACAGAAGAUGUUGUUGACCUAAGGAAGUCUAUUGAGGCUCCUGGAAUGGCAGUUCUUCAGUUUGCUUUUGGCGGUGGUUCUGACAAUCCACACUUGCCCCAUAACCAUGAAUUUGAUCAAGUAGUAUACACCGGAACACACGACAAUGACACGGUUAUUGGUUGGUGGCAAACUUUACCAGAGGAAGAGAAGCAGACUGUGUUCAAGUAUCUGCCUGAGGCUAAUAGGACUGAAAUCUCAUGGGCACUGAUCACUGCUGCCCUCUCUUCAGUUGCAAGGACAUCCAUGGUAACCAUGCAGGACAUUCUUGGCCUCGACAGUUCUGCUAGAAUGAAUACUCCAGCUACACAGAAAGGGAACUGGAGAUGGAGGAUGCCGAGCUCUGUCAGCUUCGACAGCCUCAGCCCUGAAGCGGCGAAGCUGAAGGAAUUGCUUGGACUGUACAACCGGCUCUAAAUAUAUUUCAGCGCUCGUUUUCUGUCGCUUGAACUUACAGAAAUCUGUCAUAAAAAUAAUUGAGCAAUGCAAACAUUUUGGCUGCAAGUAUUGUUCUGAGACUCUGGUAUACCUGUCAUAUAAUAAAGCGUUGUACCAUGUUUGUGUCA